UUGCAAAUUGCUUUUUCAUUGCCAAUAGUUUCCAAAUAAAUGUUUUUGUAGACCUAAAUUAUCCGCAGGCUCAUUUCCACAACCAUGGAGCCUGAUUGCUAUCUUGUGGAAGUCAUCCACUAUCUAAAUCCCCAUUUAAUUUGGGUCCGCAACCCGUCUACCGACACCAUGGAGCAAAUUGGUGUUUAUGGUGUCGUGCCUCUGGAUAAAGAACUUAUGCUGGAUACUCAAGAGAUAGAGACGAGGCGCAGCAACACCUGGAUGCAGGCGGCGACCUAUGUUUUGAUGAAAGUAUUCAUGGACGCUACGGCGGUGUGGUUUCAGCCAAUUCAUAUAGAUCGAAGAACCUCAAUUUUUGAUACCAACAUACAUAAAUAUGGCGAGCUUUUAAUACAGAAAAAUGAUGGUCACAAAAGGAAAUUAUCCAGCUAUCUCAGAAAAUCCGAAACUGCUCUAUAUGAUGAUGCUGUUUUCCACCAACAACUCAGUUCAGGGCUCAUUCAAACAAAACUAACUAAAACAGAAACAGAUGAAGUGAUGAAAGUUAUCGCUAGUAAAUUAACGGAUUAUGAAUCUGUCGUUGCAUUUAAGAAACAAACUGAAGUAUACCAAGUCGCUAAAAAGCUAGAAAUACUAACUACAGAAAACUUGAACAAGCAUAACAGCAGACUGAAUAAAAAUAUCACUAACAAAGACAUUUUGAAUGUCCUAGACAGGAAGUUUAAAGACUUUCAACUGUGUAAAGAUCUUGAUGAUGAACCUCUAGGUAGAGCUACUAAAAAGACCAAAACAUCUGAAAGUAACUCUUUUUCACGUCUUGACAAACUUAAGACACUAUGUGGUAAAACUAAUGUUGCUAAAUAUGACGACUUUAAUGAUGCAAAGCCUGAGAAACAUAAAGCUUAUGAUGACUAUAACGAUUCAAAAGGUAGUUAUAGUCAGAACACUCAUGGAUAUCAGAUGAAUGUAGCUGAGUCAAGAAUGCGGGCAGCAUUACCGGAUGACGGCUCUGUGGCAAAAGAAGACGAGAGCAGCGCGAGUUUCCAGCCCGGAAGGAAUUUCAAAAAUAAGAAAUACGACAAACCUGCACAAAAUAAACCACCUGAAUAUGAUGUGAAAACACACAUGCAAGUAGCAUACAGCCCACCCGGCGUCGACAAGUCCAAACUUGCCCUCAAAAUUGUACCAAUCCAACAAGAAAGUGCUAUUGAAACAUAUAAAAUUUACAAAGAAGAUGACACUAAUGUAAUGAAUCCCAAAGAUUACACUAAUAUGAUGAAGCCCAAAGAUGACAUGUACGGUGAGGUCGACUCUGGUGUUAACAUCACUAUCACAAAUAAAGAUGUUUUGAAAAAAUACAACAAUUUAAAUGAGAGCAAGUCUGAAGGUACAGAAAAACAAAACAAUAUUUUUUCCAAAUACAACGAUACUGGCAAAGGCGAUCUUAAAGGUGUAACAGAGCAGAAUAAUGAAGAAAAAGCCAAGUCUGAUGUUUCCUCAAGUGAUGGUGGUGCUUUAACGUCCAAGCUCCUUCAAAGGAGGCUUAAUAUGGUAAAAAUAAUGAAGGAAAAUAGUAGUUCAUCUUCAAAUACCACAACCAGUUCGAGAAAGGUAAAAAAGAAUGACGGCAGUGCUACUGACACAACAAGCAAGGACUCUGAUGACGAUGAAAUGUAUGAACUUAUUGAGAAAUAUACCGCUAGUCUUAAAGCUAAUGCUGAAAUUGCCGAAAAAAAAGAUGAUAAGACUGUUGAUUUAGUUGCCAAGAAAAAUAAUGUCAACCCCUUUCAAAAUGUAGACUCAAAUCUGUCUGUAUUUGUAGAUAAAUUAGUUAAACCUGUACUCAUGGUGCAUACUAAAAACAAUUCUCGGAUUGAGCCUUUAGUUGCGUUAAGUGACAUACCAUUUAAUGCUCAUGUGCAUAAUGUGCUUAGAAAUAUGAAGAUUGAUCAAGCCAUGACUAUGCAAUCUGUGUCUUGGAUGAGUGUUCUCAAAGGAUUCAGUACCUUCCUCAUUGGACCACAAGCGUGUGGUAAAACCAUGGGAUAUUUACCAUCAAUAUGCCGACUUAUAUCGGAUUUUGAUAACGAUAUUGUGAACAGUGUCGGGCCUACUUGUAUAAUAGUGGCUGCCACUGCACAAUCUGUUUCUGAUAUUGAGUAUAACUGUAGGAUGCUUCUCGGUACUAAAGAAACGAUUUUCACCUGCUAUGCUGGUAUGGACUUGUUGAAAAUCACCACAUCUUUGCUAAAUGGGUGCAAUCUUUUCAUUUGCACGCCCUGCGUUUUAGUCAGGUUGCUGCUACUAACCGAUUUUGGUUUAGAUCUGCGUCGUUUGACCACUUUCGUACUCGAUGAUUGCGAGAGGCUCGGGGAGGUCUACAAAAGCGAAAUAAAAAUAGCUUUGUCCAAAAUUAAGCACAUGCUGAAAGCAAGAGUCAACAAAGAAGUGAAAGUCCAGUACAUUUUGGCUUCGAGAGUGUGGUGUGAUUUUAUGGAACCACUUGCGAAAAAUGCACCAAACACAGUAGUUUGCAUAGGUGCCUUCCAAGAAUGUGUGCUUUAUUCCAAAGCCAACACUACAGUUGAAUUUGUAAAGCCUGAAAAUAAGAUUGCAAAAGUGCUGGAGUUUGUGCAAAAAAUGGACAAAAAGAAGAAAACCAUUGUAGUCUGUCGAACAGACGAAGAAGUUAUUGAACUUGAAAAGAUUUUAAAAGAACAGCAUGCAGUGGUGUACGCUUGCAAUAAUGAAAUGACAGUUGAAGAUCUGAGGAAUUUUAAUAUAACAUGGGACAAGUAUGCCGACCCUACAAUUGGUCCCAUUCUCGUGUGUUGCGAUGGGAAUUUGAGCCAUAUGAAUAUCACAGAUGCUCACAACCUGGUUCAUUAUUCCAUGCCAGAACUGUUCUCUAGGUUCUGCAAGCGUUUCUCAGUGCUAAAUGAUAAUUAUCCUUCUAUAUUUAGAAAAGAAAAUGAGAGCGUGGCUAUAAGGAUCAUUCUAGAAGACAGUAACGCAGAACAACUUCCGAAAAUCUGCAACUUCAUCAAACGAUGCACUAAAGAAUUCCCUUCAGAUUUGGACGUCAUUUGCAAGGAAAUUGUGACCAAAAAGGAAAUGGUCAAAGCCGCUAAUUUCGUGCCUAUCUGUGGAAAUCUGCUGGCUUUAGGAGAUUGCCCUGACUUCUGGUAUUGCAGAGAAAGACAUACGAGUUCGGAAAUUCACGAUGAACCCAAAGAAUGGAUGCCAACUGAUGGUGUAAUCACCUUUAGGAUUUUGCACUACCAGACUGCAGUUACGUACUCUGUUCGUUUAUUAUCAAACAUAAAGAAAGGAGGCACCAAAAAGUACCCACAAACCUACAGUACACUCUCCUUCAAGAUGGGGACAUAUUUUAGCCAGGAUAGUAAUAAGAAACUUCUCGGCGUUCCAAAGAUCGGUGACGUCUGCGCAGUGGCGAUAAACCAAGACUUUUACGUGAGAUGUCAAGUCGUCGACAUAAUCAAUAAAUACAGAAACGGUCUACCAAACUAUGUAUUAAUAAAACUCAUUGACGAGGAAAAACUGGAAACCUCGCGGGAUAUUUACCUGUACCAUCUACCAAAAGAAUUUAGGGAUGUUGAAACUUACGUAGCUGAAGUGAGCUUAGCAGGUGUCCUGCCAAAAGACAAGGAUAUAACAUUCUCGGAACUGGCUAAAAACCAUAUAAAGAAAGGCUUGAAAAAUAAUGAAAGCUUGUAUAUGAGAGGAAAAGUUGUCCUGACGAUUGGCAACCGAAUAUUCGUCGACAACAUUGAUGUGUGCCAAGACUUAACAUCCAUGAACGAGGUCGUGGUUAAAACCAACUUCAAGGAAAUGUUAUCAGCGCAUUCUGAAGUAUUCCCUGAUCAUAUAAUGAGAAUAAAGAGCCGCCUAUUCGCCGAGGAAGAAAUGACUACGGAGAACACAGAUUUUGAACAAGUUGAAGACGUAAAGCCAAUUAAAGAACCGCCUAAAGUACAAUGGGCGCAUUUAAAUCGUGAAGACCUGUCGUUGGUCUAUUUUACAUCAGCAGUUGAUCCGAGCACGUUUUUCGUCCGUUUGGUCAAAUUUAAAGACACUAUGGAUUCCCUCUGUAAAGAUAUCAAGAAGUAUAUAGAAGGUAAUCCUGAGCCACUGAAAGAGGUUAAAGAGAAAGACGUAGUUUUGGCUAAAUUUCAGGACAGUAAAUGCUACGAGCGAGGUCGAGUUGACAGCGUUGAAGGCAGUAAAGCAAAAUGCUUUUUCGUAGACUAUGGAGACUGGAGGGAAGUGCCUUUAAAGGAUUUGACGGAAAUCCCUGAUAAAUUUGUGCUUCGCUUACCUUUCCAAGCGAUCGAAUGCAGACUUCUGGGUGUUAAACCUGUGGGCGACACAUGGACGGACUUUAGCACCAACUGGCUUUGCGACCGAUGCGACGUCGAAGACGACCAAGACUUGAAAGGACUUUAUGUCCAAUACUACUCGACUGACAAGGCGAAGUUUACCGGCGGUAACAAAUAUGCAGUAGCAUUAAUAGACACUAACAAUGACUGUGACGUUGUAUAUAACACACAAAUGAUCAACCUUAAUUUAGCUGCUCCAGAUGAAGAUGAAAUUGAGAUACUCAAAAACAUCAAUUUUAAAAGGCCCCAGGAGAAAGAUGUUGAAUCUAAUGAUGAAGAAGACUGGAGUAAUGAUGCAUACGAUAAAUCAGCUAGGCUUUCUAAUGAACCUAUCAGGUCAGUGCCUUUAGUAGAAGACAGUGACACAGACAGUGAUAGGUGGAGUGUCAACAUGCCUGAUGACAUCGUUAAUACUUUUAGAGCUGAUGCAAAAUCCCUAGAAAUGCCUAAAAUAAAAUCAGACACCUCUUCAAUAGCCAGUUCCAACAAAAUUGACAAUGAUUCAGUGACAAGUGAAUUUGAAGUCGUGAAAAAGCCACAAAUUAAAGAAUUAGACUCUGACGAUCUAUCUACUUCUGAGAGCGCAAGUAUAACUGAGAAAUCAGAAAUAAUCAAAGAAGCUAAUGAAGGUAGAAAACCAAAAUUACUGUGGAGACAAGAUAAAACAUCAGUGACAGUAAAAAUUAUGUUAGUAGGGGCUGAAAAUUAUAAAUUGAAAAUACAAGAACGAGAAUUAAAUUUCUCAGCAGACAUAUAUGACACAAAUUACAAUUUUAAGAUCAAUUUAUAUGGGAUAGUUGAUAAGAAUAAAUCUUCAGAUGCUUAUAAAGGACAAUAUAUACUUGUAAAGCUUGUCAAGGUGAUGCAUAAAACCUGGUUGACUCUGACCAAAGAUACUUCUUUAGCUAAAUGGAUUGUCUAUGAUCACGAUUCCAUAGACACAUCAUCAGAAGAGGAGGAUGCAUUAGACGACAAUAUUGCCAAAAUUAUAAAAAACAAUUAUCGUGAAGACGAUUCGGAUAGUGAUUCGUUUUGUGAUGAUGAGAGCUAUCCUAGUUAGACGGUAGGUUUACAAGUAAUGUAUUGUUAGUUAAAACUUUAAUAUUGAUUAGCUAAUCCACGAUAAAAUAACAACCUUAUGUAUUUGCAAUAAGGUUUACCAAUCAUUAGUUAAGAGGGGCGUAAAGCAAGGAAAUUAGAAAGAAACAAAAUAUAUCGCGCGAUAAGUUUCGGCGAUUUCGCGGUUUUUAAAGUUUUACCUCAAUAACUCUGAAAGUAUACUUCUGUUACAAAUUUCGCUAUUCAAAUCCCUCAGCUAUAUCACUAGCUAUUUUAUACUAAAAUAAUACUGAUAUAGUAUGCAGGGUAACGAUAUAAAAUUGAGAAUAAAUUAUAAUUGGAAAUGUUUUCGUAAAAAAAAUAUUUAGCUAACUUUUAUUUUUUUAUGGUUUUGCUUAGAGUCUGUCCUCCCAAACAGUAGAAGAGUAAAUUUCUUCACGGCAUUUGCCCUUGAUUAAAACGUGUAAAAAUCUCUACACCUUAUAAAACAAAACCGCCGCCCGCGUCUGUCUGUGUGUCUGUGUCGCGAUAAACUCAAAACCUACUGAACGGAUUUUCAUGCGGUUUCCACCUAUCAAUAGAGUGAUUCUUGAGGACGGUUAAGGUGUAUAAUUUGUUAAGGUUCCACACGUGCGAAGCCGGGGCUGAUUGCUAGUUAAAAUUAAAUGCAAAUUAUAGUUUGUUAAAGGACUGUCUCAUUUCAAACAUAGACUAGAGAAUCAUACUGUCUUUGUCUUACACUAGUAUUAGCACCCAAAAGAAAAGGAUGAGUAUAGUUUUUUUGUUUUUAUUAACUGCCAAUUUGGUUUGACCAACUAUAGACAUGUUUACGUGAUUUUUUUUUAUCGAGCCAAUUUAAACUUUUAAGAUUUUGCUUAGUCUGUUCUAUAAAUUUUUUCACGGUAUUUGCCCUUGAAUAAAACGUAAAAAUUAAAUAUUGCGUUACCCCCCUCUUCACCAAUGUAUGAUUUUUCACAGAUCUGAUACCCAAAGAUUGACUGGAAGAUUAGUUUACUAUUUUUAGCCGUAAGCGCAUAAGAUAAAAUGUGCCAUUUUCAACCAAAAGGGUACUUAUUGUCGCUUGUCAGUGAGGUGCUAUUUCCAUAUAUAGCUUCAAUUAGAAAUCAACCUUAUCAACAAGCGACAAGCGAGGUACCAACCUUUUGGUUGAAAACGUCACAAAUGCUUUUUGUUAUUUUACUAAGAAUAUAAUGUUUUUUUAAUAAGUUUUAUAUUUAAAGGGUCGGCUGUACCGUCUGUCAUAGACGUUAAAAGGUUCGCUAAAUUUUAUUGUAUGGAAAUGGGGUUGGCCGGUCGGAGUAUUUAGCAGAUGGCGCCAGAAUAGCUUGCCCUGGCAGUCCCUAGAAUUGUGUCGUUUUUGUUUUUUAAUGCCCAGGAUGCCAUUUGUAUAUUAAGACCAUGUAUAGUUUCUCAAGGGACCGUCUUAUUUCGGGCAUAAACGGAGAGACUCAUACUGUCUUUGUCUUGCACUGGUGCUGGCGCCCAGAACAAGGGGAUGAGUGUAGUUUUUUUUGUUCUUAUUCACUGACAAGAUUUGCUUGACCAACUAUAUAUCACC